AUGUCCAAUCGCCGCCACAGAUUCACCCACGACCACGACGACGACAACUCCUCCUCGCCUGAACCCAUUGUGAUAGAGAGAAGGCCUCAGGUGCGUACAUACCGCAUCCUUCACCCCCGCCCCCGAUCUCGAUCUCCAGCCCGCAAACUGACACUGGCGUCCAAGUUGUACAACCUUUUCAAAGUCCGCAAGAAGAAAGUCCACAUCAUCGAGGAAGAACCCAUCCGCCGCCGGGAGAGACAUAUACGAUCGCCGAGUUUCUCCUCGCCAUCAUCAUCAUCCCCCACACCUCCUCCACCGCCGCCACCAUCAACACCACCAAGGGUUUACCGUCCCAUGUCCUCCAGGAUGGAAGGGGACGUGUACGCGUCCCUGCCGCCCGAGCUGCCGCCCAGGGUCAGACACCACAACCACCACCACAAAGAUGGCCACGUUGACAUUGCCAAUCUUGUCGAGCGCAUACCAUCAGAGCGCCUGAGGAAGGUCAAGAUCGUACAUGGCCACACCGACAGACGCCACCCGGACGACGAAGAGGCGUAUCCUCGAGUCGAGACUCCUGGCUCACCGCACAACAAGAGGCGCGACAGCGGUAAGUACUACGUCACGACGACCAUGAGCGACGGCGAGCCGAGCAGCGUACGCAGAAAGGAGUACGAGCGCCACCGCCGACACGGUUCGAGCAGCACAGACGCCGACGUUGAGAAAUUGUACGACGACCUCGAGAGGGAGAGGCGGCACCGUCGCGAAGCCGAGAGGGCAGCCGCGCACGCCGAGGAGAAGGCGACAAAGUACAAGGACGAGCUGGAUCGGGUGGAGAGAGAGCGGCACAUCGAGAAGAGGGAACGUGAUAUUCUGGAACGCGAGAAGCGUCUGAGUCAAGAGCGAGAGAAGAGGUUGAGUCAGGAACGCGAGAUGGACCGCGAGCGUGAGCGCGAACGCGAACGUGAACGUGAGAGAGAGCGUGAUCGCGUCCACGCUGGAGGAGGAAGGGUCGUCGAGAUCAGGCCCCGGCCUGUCGUUACAAGGGAUAGGCACGAUAUCGUGGUCGUGCACAACUCGAGAGAUAGGGACAGAGACACGGCGCCUGGCACGGGGGGCGCCGCAUCGGCGCUCGAUAGGGCGAGGAGCGAUUUCAAUGUCCAGCAGAGACGACAACAGUUUGAGGAGAGGAGACCACUGACGGGUGGUGGAAGGGCCAAUGUCGGACCUCAGCAGGUUGUCAUUGUCGAUGACGGUGAUGAUGAUGACUAUCGCGUGAGGCCGCGACGUUGA